UCAUCGCAUCUCACCCUCCCACCCUUCAUGCUACAGCUGUAGCAGUGCACCAUACUAGUAUGCAUCGACAAAGUUUUGACAACAAAGCAAACCAACAAAACUACUCGAUUAACCAUGGCAACGACGAGCAAUGGGCACUCCAACAACGGCAUGAAGGGCUUGACAGCAGAUCAAGCCGAGGAAGCUAUUGUCAGAUUCCAAAAGUUUCUCCGGUAUGAAACGGUCAGUGCAUUGGCCGUGGAGUCCGGUGCCUACAAGGACUGUGCCUCCUUUCUCGUGCAUGAACUCCAAGCACUUGGCGUCUUAUCCGACAUUCAUCUCUUGCCCGAAGCACCAGAUCAUUCUCCCGUGGUGGUAGCCUGCUGGAAAGGCAAAGACGAGAGUUUGCCGGUGAUUUUGUGGAAUUCUCACUACGAUGUGGUACCUGCCGAUCCCAAUGACUGGUCUCAGGCGCCACCCUUUGAAGGCAGACGAAAAGAUGGCAAAAUUUAUGGACGGGGAACUCAAGAUAUGAAGUCUGUGUGUAUGCAGUAUAUCGAAGCCAUUCGCUGCAUGAAGAGAGAUCAUCCCGAGUGGACACCCACACGCACCAUUUACUUGACGUUUGUCCCAGACGAAGAAGUGGGAGGUCAAGGAAUGGCAGCCCUUUUGGAAUCAUCUUUGUAUCAGGAAACCAUUGAAAAAAACCAUGGUGGUAUUGCCUUGGCUCUGGACGAGGGAUUGGCCAGUACUACCGACGUCUUUUCCGUCUUUUAUGGAGAACGGUUGCCUUGGUGGGUUGAUGUUGAGGCUACAGGCCCAACCGGUCACGGCAGCCGAUUCAUUGACAAUACUGCCGUGGAGCAACUUGUAGAAUUAAGCCAAAAGGCACUUCAAUUUCGCCAAGGACAACGUGAUCUGUUGGGAAUGAAGGAGCAUGAUGGCUGUGCCCAUGCCGUGGUGGCCAAAAGCACAACGCUGGGAGAUGUCACCAGUCUCAACAUUACCUCCCUGACUGCUGGUGUCUACGCAGGAUCCAAGCUGGCCUACAAUUGUGUCCCUCCCAAAGCCAAAUGUACCUUGGAUAUUCGGAUAUCGCCUCAUGUCGCACCCAAAGACAUUGGUGCCAUGUUGGAUCAAUGGUGUAGGGAAUGUUCCAAAGAUCCUGCUGCUGGAGCUCAAAUUACGUGGAAAUAUGCCGGCGGACAAGGCAAUCAUGCCAUGGAACACGCAACAACUUCCAUCGAUACCAAUGUGAAUCCCUGGUACAAGGUAUUUGCCGACACGUUGGAAACCAUGGGCAUGUCAUUGGAACCACAAGUGUUUCCGGCGGCCACGGAUUCUCGCUUUUUGCGCGCCUUGGGUAUUCGGGCCCUGGGAUUCAGUCCCAUGCGCAAGACGGAAAUCAUGUUGCAUGAGAAUGAUGAAUACAUCGAAGAAUCAAACUUUCUGGAAGGUAUCGGCAUUUAUGUCCAACUCUUGGAAGCUCUGGGCUCGCAGGGUAACGAUAUCGACAAAUAGUGAGGCGAUAGUAAUAAUGUAGCAACAACAAUUUGCAUAAUGCGAGAUGAUUGGUUGGCUGGUGUGCAUGCAUGUCAAACGUCUACACUAUUUGGCCGACAAGGCGCAAGUCCGUGUUGGCCGUGUAGCAAUUAGAAAAGCGACUUAUUAAGUCAGCAACGAUAUAAUAGCUAGUGGUUUCGGCCACUAACUACAUCAAGUUGGGCUUCAUCUUUCAGCAAUACAAUGACACUGAUCAUGCCCAUCAUGGAUGCUGGUCACCUACCUUUUGGCUGAGGGCGACAGACCGGUCCUACAAACGCUUAAAAAGGUACGUAUUACAGCUUAACUGUUAUUACAGCUUAAAACUGGCUGUGAAAAGAUAAUUGUGACCUUGGUGCAGCCGUUAACAGGCAGUUUGUUCAAAACAAGACAUUCAUCAGCCGUUCAUCACUAAUUUCGAUCCGCC